UCCAUGCUACUGGGGGGAAACCUCUUUCCCCCAUCUCAGCCAGCACAUCCCUGGCUGAGCCUCGCCUCAUCUAAGGGUCCUUCCUGACUGCUGGUGCCCCUGUGGACCCUUAAUCCUGCACUGAUUGUGGGGAAUGAGGCCGAGGUCUACAACCAUUUGCUGGGAUGCAGCACUGGGCCCGGCGCCUGGAGCAGGAGAUCGAUGGCGUGAUGCGGAUCUUCGGGGGUGUCCAGCAGCUCCGUGAGAUCUACAAGGAUAACCGGAAUCUGUUUGAGGUGCAGGAGAACGAGCCUCAGAAGUUGGUGGAAAAGGUGGCAGGAGACAUCGAGAGCCUGCUGGACAGGAAGGUGCAGGCCCUAAAGAGACUGGCCGAUGCUGCAGAGAACUUCCAGAAAGCCCACCGCUGGCAGGACAACAUCAAGGAGGAAGAUAUCCUGUACUAUGAUGCCAAGGCCGAAGCUGAGCUGGACGACCCUGAGAGUGAGGAUGUGGAGAGGGGGUCCAAGGUCAGCACCCUCAGACUGGACUUCAUUGAGGACUCAAACUUCAAGAACAAAGUCAACUAUUCGUACACAGCUGUGCAGAUCCCCACGGACAUCUACAAAGGCUCCACUGUCAUCCUCAAUGAACUCAACUGGACAGAGGCCCUGGAGAACGUGUUCAUCGAGAACCGCAGGCAGGACCCCACGCUGCUGUGGCAGGUGUUUGGAAGUGCCACAGGGGUCACUCGCUACUACCCAGCCACCCCAUGGCGAGCCCCCAAGAAAAUCGACCUGUACGAUGUCCGAAGGAGACCCUGGUACAUCCAGGGGGCCUCGUCGCCCAAGGACAUGGUCAUCAUCGUGGAUGUGAGCGGCAGCGUGAGUGGCCUGACCCUGAAGCUGAUGAAGACGUCCGUCUGUGAGAUGCUGGACACGCUCUCGGACGAUGACUAUGUGAACGUGGCCUCGUUCAACGAAAAGGCGCAGCCUGUGUCAUGCUUCACGCACCUGGUGCAGGCCAAUGUGCGCAACAAGAAGGUGUUCAAGGAGGCCGUGCAGGGCAUGGUGGCCAAGGGCACCACAGGCUACAAGGCCGGCUUUGAGUACGCCUUCGACCAGCUGCAGAACUCCAACAUCACCCGCGCCAACUGCAACAAGGUAAUCAUGAUGUUCACGGACGGCGGUGAGGACCGCGUGCAGGACGUCUUUGAGAAGUACAACUGGCCCAACCGCACGGUGCGCGUGUUCACGUUCUCCGUGGGGCAACACAACUACGACGUCACGCCCCUGCAGUGGAUGGCCUGCGCCAACAAAGGUUACUAUUUUGAGAUCCCUUCCAUUGGAGCCAUCCGCAUUAACACGCAGGAAUAUUUGGAUGUGUUGGGCAGGCCCAUGGUGCUGGCGGGCAAGGAGGCCAAGCAGGUGCAAUGGACCAACGUGUAUGAGGAUGCUCUGGGGCUGGGGUUGGUGGUGACAGGGACCCUCCCUGUGUUCAACCUGACACAGGAUGGCCCUGGGGAAAAAAAGAACCAGCUGAUCCUGGGUGUGAUGGGCAUCGAUGUGGCUCUGAAUGACAUCAAGAGGCUGACUCCAAACUACACGCUUGGAGCCAACGGCUACGUGUUUGCCAUUGACCUGAACGGCUAUGUGUUGCUGCACCCCAACCUCAAGCCCCAGACCACCAACUUCCGGGAGCCUGUGACCCUGGACUUCCUGGAUGCUGAGCUGGAGGAUGAGAACAAGGAGGAGAUCCGUCGCAGCAUGAUCGAUGGCAACAAGGGCCACAAGCAGAUCAGAACACUGGUCAAGUCCCUGGACGAGAGGUACGUAGAUGAGGUGGUGCGGAACUACACCUGGGUGCCCAUAAGGAGCACCAACUACAGCCUAGGGCUUGUGCUCCCGCCCUACAGCACCUUCUACCUCCAAGCCAACCUCAGCGACCAGAUCCUGCAGGUCAAGUUGCCAAUCAGCAAACUGAAGGAUUUUGAGUUCCUGCUCCCCAGCAGCUUUGAGUCUGAAGGACAUGUUUUCAUUGCUCCCAGAGAGUAUUGCAAGGACCUGAAUGCCUCAGACAACAACACCGAGUUCCUGAAAAACUUCAUUGAGCUCAUGGAGAAAGUGACUCCAGACUCCAAGCAGUGCAACAACUUCCUUCUGCACAACCUCAUCUUGGACACCGGCAUCACACAGCAGCUGGUGGAGCGUGUGUGGCGGGACCAGGAUCUCAACACGUACAGCCUUCUGGCCGUGUUCGCUGCCACCGACGGUGGCAUCACUCGAGUAUUCCCCAACAAAGCGGCUGAGGACUGGACGGAGAACCCGGAGCCCUUCAAUGCCAGCUUCUACCGCCGUAGCCUGGACAAUCACGGCUAUGUCUUCAAACCCCCACACCAGGAUGCCCUGUUAAGGCCACUGGAGCUGGAGAAUGACACGGUGGGCAUCCUCGUCAGCACAGCUGUGGAGCUAAGCCUGGGCGGACGCACACUGAGGCCAGCAGUGGUAGGUGUUAAACUGGACCUAGAAGCCUGGGCUGAGAAGUUCAAGGUGCUAGCCAGCAACCGUACCCACCAGGACCAGCCUCAGAAGUGUGGCCCCAGCAGCCACUGUGAGAUGGACUGCGAGGUUAAUAAUGAGGACCUGCUCUGUGUCCUCAUUGACGAUGGGGGAUUCCUGGUGCUGUCAAACCAAAAUCAUCAGUGGGACCAGGUGGGCAGGUUCUUCAGUGAGGUGGAUGCCAACCUGAUGCUGGCACUCUACAAUAACUCUUUCUACACCCGCAAAGAGUCCUACGACUAUCAGGCAGCCUGCGCCCCCCAGCCCCCGGGCAACCUGGGCGCUGCACCCCGGGGCGUCUUUGUGCCCACCAUUGCAGAUUUCCUUAACCUGGCCUGGUGGACCUCGGCUGCAGCCUGGUCCUUGUUCCAGCAGCUUCUCUAUGGCCUCAUCUAUCAUAGCUGGUUCCAGGCAGACCCCGCCGAGGCCGAGGGGAACCCCGAGGCGCGCGAGAGCAGCUGCGUCAUGAAACAGACCCAGUACUACUUCGGGUCGGUGAACGCCUCCUACAACGCCAUCAUCGACUGUGGAAACUGCUCCAGGUGCCCGCGGGGAGCGGGACGGGAGAACCGGGUGGGGCUUUUUUUUUUUUUUUUUCCGCGCCCCCUCCGUGCCCUGCCCGCCUCCUUGACUCCCCACCCAUGCCCAGCGGACGGCCCGGAGCAAUGUGAACUGGUGCAGAGACCGCGAUACCGGAGAGGCCCGCACAUCUGCUUUGACUACAACGCGACGGAAGAUACCUCAGACUGCGGCCGCGGAGCGUCCUUCCCGCCGUCGCUGGGCGUCCUGGUCUCCCUGCAGCUGCUGCUCCUCCUGGGCUUGCCUCCCCGGCCGCAGCCCCAAGUCCACGCCCACGCCUCGCGCCGCGUCUGAGCGCCCCCCCAUCCCUCCCUGGGCCUCCCCGCCUCUCCCCUGCUCCCCCGCCCCAUACACCCCGCCUUAGAGCCUCGCCUCCUCCCUCACUGAAGGACCUGAGCGUCCAGGCCCAAGAGUCUGAGCCUUGGGUGGGGGGGGUCCCAAACGAGGGUGCCGCAGGUCUUUGGCCCCUAGGUCACAUCUCGCCGCUGAACUGUCAAAGUGACCCCAGACCCCUUAUUCCCACUGGACUCCCCCACCCCUGAGGGCUGGGACAGGGAAGCCACAGCACUGGUGCCAAACCAGGCCUCCACUGCCCACCCUGCCCCAAGGCUCCCUUUGUGUGGGAGACCUAGGCCCUGCCCCAGCUGGACUCCUCUAACCUGGCCCUUAUGUCCCACCCAGGACCAAAUCUGGAUU